UUAUUAAAUGCGGCGCUGAUUAGUCAACAAACAUGGCGGCUGUUGUGUCAGUAGGUGGCUGCCUCCUCAUCACGAUAUUCUUGUUAAUUUGGCUUUUGAUGGCCGUGAGCGGCGACCGAGUGAAGCACAAGAUUUAUGAGGACAUCCAGGGUGAUAUGGCGUGCUUCAAGAGGUUCAAUGGAACUCACGAGAUAGGGUGUACUUCCAAGUUCUCUGGGAACAUUGGUGUUGUGCACGUCGUGGAGGAGGAGGAGGACUUGGAUUGGGUGUAUGAGAAGGGUCCUCACCACCCCUAUGUCCUCGCCUUCACUCCUCGUUUCCUCACCCCUAAGGUGGUGCAUGAGGCACAACAGUCUGGUAAGGUGUCUGGUAUUGUAGUUAUGGUUCCCGACGACUACGACCCCAGCACCAACCUUCCUGAUGGCUUCUCUGGGGAGUCCCAGUGCCCCAACCAGCGACUCAGCCUCUACAAUGACUCGGCAGACUCUUCAUAUGCUGACAGUUGCCGGAAUAAGCCCUGGAAUCCUAAUGGCACUUCUCUUUUAUAUAUGUCUUGGGAUUUCCCAAUUUUUUUAGUGGACAAUCAGACAUCGAUACAAAAUAUAAAAUACUAUUUUAAGCACUUCAAUAAACCCAGUGAUGAUGGUGAACCUAGGUCAUGGCCACUUUGUUGCAUGGAGCUGAAGUCCAACAUGUUUGGUACCACCAAUACAGAAGUGUGUGUGAGGCGGCGAGCCAUUGCUGCAUCAUUAUUCCAGUCAGUGAACUUCUGUGAUCCACUCUAUGACUAUAACAUCUGGGGAGUUAUGAAACCCAUGAAUAGCUCUGAAGUAAUUCCAGAUAAGUCUGUGAUGGUUGUUGCAACUAGAAUGGAUGCAGCCACCAUGUUUGAUAACAUUUCUCCAGGUGCAAAUUCUGCAGUCUCGGGAUUAGUGACACUCAUGGUUGCUGCUGAAGCACUCUACAAGUUUAAGGAUGAUAUAAUGAAAUCAGGUAAUAACAAGAAUGUAUUGUUUGUAAUAUUCCAGGGAGAAACAUGGGGUUAUAUUGGGUCAUCGCGUAUGGUCUGGAACAUGGAGAAAGGAGAGUUUCCAGUCAAAUAUCAAGAUGAAAAAUCAGAUCAAAUGUCACAGAUCAACUUCACCCACAUUGACUACUUCAUUGAAUUGGCUCAAGUUGGUCAAGGAAUGAUGUCUUCAGGAAGUCGCUUAUUCCUCCACACAGAUCCCAUCUCCAAUGCCAAUUCUCAGGUUACAAAUGAAACUGAAUUUUUAUUGAGUCUUCUUGAGACUUGUGCUGAAAAGUCUGGCAACUUUACAUUUGAGAGAGCUAAUAAAGAUGACCCUCUGCCACCGGCAUCAUUUCAGAGCUUUUUGAAGAAGGUGAACAUAUCUGGUGUAGUUAUUACUGAUCAUAAAGAUGCUUUUAAGAAUCAUUACUAUGAAAGCAUAUUUGAUGAUUACCAUAAUGUUAAUUAUAUGACUGGAAAUACUACUGAAGUAACUGAUGAAUAUCACAAACACAUUAGUAGAGUUGCGAGUGUGUUGGCAACAACACUCUACACACAUCUUACCGGAAGCAUCAAGGUCAUCACUGCAAAUGAAACACUGACAAAUGAUCUCCUACAUUGUUAUAUGAAAAAUGUCAGUUGUCGGAUGUUCCGUGACUAUGGCGAUAGAUUAUCUCCUGAGUUCUUCAAUGACAAGCCUGCCAAGAUGUAUGUCAGUGUAAAAGGAGGAGAGAGCAGCCGAACAUUUCUUACUCUUUUAAUUUUUGCCAGUCUUUUGGGUGAGAAAGUGGAGCUGAAUGAAACCAGCUGCAAGACUGAGAGCCUCUACCAAGUUAACCAGUUGUACUAUUACUCUCUCCUCAAUAAUGGAACGUGUAUCCAGUCAACAGUAAGGAAGACUGAGGCUAUGAGUCCAGCAUUCUUGAUAGACAACUAUGAUUGGCACUCUGGUGAAUAUUCAACAUGGACAGAGAGUGGAUGGCAGUUGACAAAGAUUAUGAUCUUCUUGAAGCCUUCAGUGGCAGAGGAAGUUGGCCUAGUGUGUGGUGGAGUAGCAUCACUCUUGCUUUCAUUGGUGGUUGUCUACUUCAUGAAUUCAAGGGCAGACCUUCUCUUUGGAUUGUCCAUCCCUCCAGCUGCAUGUUAAAAAAAAUUCUAAAUAGUUUUUUAUCGAAUAUACAACACACUUUUAGAAAAAACUAGUUAUUCAUUGAAUGUAAUUUUAACAACUGCUAUAAAUUAUUAUAAACUUUUGUGCAAAUUAUGUCUUGCAAAUAACUUUCUCUGAAAAGAAAGUAAAUUAAGCCUGGUGGAUUAUAAUGAUUAUUUAUAAUUUAAUGAUUCUGCAGUACCUAAGGCUUAAAGAAAACUAUAUAAUUAGUCACUAAUAAAAGUUGCCAAAUUGUGCUGGAGGCAAAUGAUGAUGCUGUCUGAUUUUCAAGUGAAAAGAAACUGAGUGAUCAUGUCUAUGGCAAAUUAUCUAAUACAAUAUGGGAUUCAUUAUAAUGUUUAGCACUCCUGCAACUUGUGGCAAUGCUUGUGACAAAUAUGCUGCAAUAAAAAUAUUAAUUGAAUUAUUAAUGUGUCUGUUCACAAAUAGCAGGGUUUUUUAUGUGACUGCUAUUCAAACUGCUGUUGCCAAGUUUAUUGUUGCUAAUUGCCUUGAUUAUAUGUAAUUAUCAUAAUCCUUGGUGUCAUCAGUGUGUUGCAGUUACAAAAAUAUUUUCAUUUCUAUAAAGUGGUGCACCGUAUACAACUGACAUGUAUAAACUGCUGUAUAGAAAGUCCCUUGUUAUGCAGAGCUUUUUGGACAGCCUUAAAAUGAACUUAAAAUUACAAGACAGUGAGACAAUUCUAGUAAUUUACUGGAAUUAUAUAGUUUGCCAUUUGUAUCUGCAGGAGAAGAACUCUGUUCUGUUUUGACUUGGUACUAGUGAGAACCUUUUUUUUUUUCACAGAUGGCUUUUUUUUUUUUUUAUUUGAGUGGAAUACAAUGAAGUACAGUGUCUGCACUCUGAAGGAGGAGUGUUAAUGUUGCAGUUUUAUAACUAGUGUAAGCGCACCUCUGGCGAGACAGUGAUGGAGUGAAUGAUGAUGAAAGUUUUUCUUUUUCAGGUCACCCUGCCUUGGUGGAGAAGGCCAAUGUGUUAAUAAAAAUAAAAACAUUUUAUUAACAAAGUGUUAAUGAUAGUUUUAUAUUUUUUGAGUUAUUAGAAGGAAUUCGUUCAAAAUAAAAAAAUGUUCUUUUAUAAAAGAUUUACAGAACCUGAGAAAAGACAUUCAUCAGUGAAGUCUUCUUUGGUUCUCUGAUAUUCAUGACCACAAAGCACUUUCUUUGUUAAUCUGGUCACAGUUACUGUACUUCUUGGUACAGGUCCACAUCCCUUUAUCCGAAACCCUAGGGGCGAGUAUUGUUUCAAAUUUCAGAUUUUUUCAAAGUUCAGAAUGAUUCUCAAUGCCGCCACAUGGCGGUGUGACCCAGCACUGAGAUGACUGAUGUUCUACACUCCACGAAAAAACUUUGGUUUUCAAAACUUUUUAAAUUUUAGAAUUUCGGGAAAAGGAUUGUGGACUUGUACCAUAUUCUUUCUUUCUUGUUAAAAUUACUUGCAUAGACUUGGUUAAGCACCUAAAUUACUGAGGGCAUUUGAAGUCCCUCAAAUCUGUAAUCCUUGGAACGUAGGUAAGAGAAGUACAUUAUAAUCUACACCAGGAAAAUUCAAGAAGGAUUAGUCCCAACUCUCCUCCAAUUGUGCCCCGUGUAAGUAAAAGAGACUUGACAAAUGGUGAAAAAUACCCCUAAUGAAAAGCAAGAGUGUAAUGAGUACACUAAAGAAAAAGUAAGUAUGAAGAGACCAAGUUUAUGCAAUGUCCUCCCUUUAUAUAUAUUACCAAUAGACUCCUAGUUGUCUUCAGUAAAGAACUGGACAGGUUUGAAAGUCAGUGCUUAAUCAGCCAGGUCAUCCACCAGGAGACCCUGUCUGAAACAUUGCUGCAUUUUUCCAUGUUCUCUUAAUUAUUAGAAAGUGCACAUUUUUCUUAGCAAAUGAGAAAGUAUAUAUCAGUUGGAUGUUAGAAGACAAGAUAAAACAAGAUCUAUAAAGUAACAUGGGUGAACUCUUCCCAUUUAAGUGAAAGAUCUUUCUUCAUCCCUUCCAUGUGAUUUCUUUAUUAUUAUCAUUAUUUCCAUACAGUGUUUAAAUGUCAGUCCAUUUUGUUAUAAUUAUGGCAGUUACUUUGCAUUUUUGUACAGUACAUUGGAGAAAGAACUAAUAUUGUAUGCCUGGAAGUGUUAUAGUACAUCAUAACUAUCAAUAAUAUCCAUAUUUUGUUUGAGUUUGUAAUUGGUUUGUUACAGAAUUUUAGGCAUCUUAGUGAAUACUGUUACAUAUUACCAUGAUUAUUGUACCUUAUUGAAAAGGACUAGUAUAGGGUAAAAUAAUCCCUUAUUUGUUCAUAUUGAGAUAUAUAAGCAAUACUAUAUUCAGCUGAAUUGUAAUAACAGUAAUGCUGUAUAUACUGUACAGUAAACAUAGUGGAAUUCAUUGCCUGAAGCAUCAAAAGGUCCCUUAUCUGCCUAUUGAUUUAGUUAUUGUUAAAAAGCACCUCAUCUCCCUAACAUAAUUGAAACAGCAAUACGCUAAGUCAGACUAAACCAGCUUAUCCAGUUCUGUCCCUGUUCUUCCAAUCUUCCUUCAACUCCCAUAGAAAAUUAGUUACACAUCUUGUCUCAUUGUAUUUCUAUUAUAAUUAGAUAUCUUCAUGUAUAUUCACUAUCUCUAUUCAUUCAGCCCACAUAACUGAAGAUCAUCGAAUUAGUUUGAAAUAAUGAGUCGUACUUUUCAAAGUGUACCAUUUGUUCAUUAACUAUCUUUCUUAUUGUACAUAUGAUUGUAGUUAACUGCAUAAGAAAUCCUACUUAAUAGUCUUUUUAAAUCUUAAAUAACAUUUAAGCAUUAGGAUUAGUUUGCCUGAAAUGCAUUCCAUACUAGUGGCUUUCUUUUGUGCCUACCAGUGUUUUAUUACAUGUAAAUUAUAUUAUUUGUACUUCAUAUAGAAAUAAAAAUUGUAUCGAAUUAUAUUGUAGUAUGCUCUUAAUACAAGUAAUUUAUUAUACCUAAAAGAUACAGCUUUGCACCUAAAACCAAGUGUGCAUUGUAACUAAAAGCUGUGGAUUAUCCUUUGCAAAUUUCAUAAAUGCAAACCUAUAUUUCACAAUAGUGGCAUUGUUGCAACCAUAUGACACACACAGUAGAACUUCUUAUAUCUGAUUUUUUACAUAAAAUACCUUCAAAAAAAAAGUCUUCUUAAUGGACUUUUAAUCAGUGAUCAGGCAGCCAACGUGUAUACAAAUCGCAUACAUACCCAGAUGAGUCUUGCUUGCAUCUGUGCCAAGAGUACUAUGUAUAUAAUGUAUUUUUUUUUUCUCCCCACCUUCCACUUACACCGAAACAUCUUACAAAUUUCUUUUCCACAGACAGUUUAAUGGUAAUUGUUCUGAUAAGUUUGGUGCCAUUAUCUAGCAUAAAUUUUUCUGUUAAUAUAUUUGAAGUGUUAAGUCCAUUUUCAAUGACUUAAGGAAGUUUCAAAGCACAAAUGGUGUUUCUCUAAUGUGCAUAUUAGUACAUAGCCAUAAACUGUUCAGAAUAUGAGAUGCCUCUGUAAUUUAGUGGUAGGUCAUGAUCUCACGACACAGGAGUUUUUAGUUUGAAACUUGUCUGGUACAGUGUUAGGAACAGUAUAGAGUGGUACUCUGAGUUUCGAACUUUCUUCGUUCCAAAAGGCUGUUCGAGUGCCGUUAUUGAAUGAAUUUGUUCCCAUAAGGAAUAAUGUAAAUUAGAUUAGUCCAUUUCAGACCCCAAAAAUAUACUUACAAAAGCACUUACAAUAAUACAUUUACAUAUUUGGUCGAGUUGAGAGCAGUUCAAAACUCGGGGUACCACUGUAUCUUAAUUAGUAUAAAUUAUAAUUGUUCUGUAGGGUAUUUUUAGAUUAAGGAAUUUUUAAUAAUUAUUGCAAAUACUGAAAGAUGAGAGGAACUAUAAGUACAUGUUUUAUACUUUGAAUAAAUCGUCUAGUCCCA